AUGGAGCCUUUAUGGAAGCUUAUCUUUCUCAUGGAACCAGCUCCAGUGACCUUAAUCUUAACAGCCAUUGCUGUCACUUUCGGUUCUGCUCUCCGAGCUUUAAACUAUGGUAAAGAAAUGGAAAAAAACCGUGAUCUCUCUGAAGCAUCAAUCACAUUAGACAGAUCUCAAGCACUAAUGAUUCCAGUCAUGAGCUCCUGCAGUCUCCUCAUGAUGUUCUACUUAUUCUCUUCAGUCUCACAACUCCUCACUGCUUUCACAGCAAUCGCCUCUAUUUCAUCUCUAUACUUCUGCUUCUCUCCCUACAUCUCCCAUGUCAAAUCCCAAUUCAAUCUUUCAGACCCUUUCAUCUCCCGAUGUUGCUCCAAACCCUUGACAAGAAUCCAAUCCCUUCUAUUGUUCUUAUGCAUCACUACAGUUGCAGCAUGGCUUGUUUCUGGACACUGGGUGUUGAACAACAUGUUGGGGAUUUCACUUUGUGUUGCUUUUGUGAGCCAUAAUGGUUUUUUGGUGCAAAUGUUAUGUCUUCCUGGAUUGCAAUUAAUUACUAAAAAACUCGAGUUGCCUGUGAAGAUUGUGUUUCCAAGAAACUUAUUGGGAGGUGUUGUUCCUGGAAAUACUGCUACUGAUUUCAUGAUGCUUGGUCUUGGUGAUAUGGCUAUUCCUUCUAUGCUUUUGGCAUUAGUUUUAUGUUUUGAUCAUAGAAAGGAGAAUAUAUCUUUAUCUCCUCAUAAAGGGUAUAAAUAUAUAUGGUAUGCUACUAUUGGAUAUGCAGUUGGAUUAGUAACUGCUUUAGCAGCUGGAAUUCUUACCCAUUCUCCACAACCAGCACUUCUAUAUUUAGUCCCAUCAACGCUUGGACCGGUGGUUGUGAUCUCUUGGACAAGAAAGGAGUUGAAGGAGUUGUGGGAAGGAAGCUCGCCGAAUUUGACUGAAAAAACACAUUCAACAGAAGUAUGAACAAAUCAAAACAUGUAAAUGGAGUUGGGAUAUAAGUUAAGGAUAUGAUAUUGCUUUGCUACUAGGAAAUGGCAUCUUGUUUUUUUUUUUUUUAAAUAUUUUUACAUUUGAAUCAUUUUUCGGGUUAAAAAGGAGCUUCGAAAAGUUUAAAGUUGGUUGUUUUUGG